AUGGUUUUAACAAGUGAUAAUAAAUUUUCAGAAAUUUAUGAUAUUAUCAAGAAUGAUUCAUUACAUGGUGAAUCAGUAUUGAUAUUAGUGGCAAGGGAUUGCGACUCGAUUUCGGCAUGUAAAAUAUUAACUGAAAUAUUAAAAUCAGAUUCAAUUUCAUAUAAUAUUAAACCAGUAUCAGGAUUAGAGGAUUUAGAAAAUGUUGAUAUUUCACUUUUAGAGAAUGAAGAAAUUAAAUCGAUUAUAAUGAUUAAUUGUGGUGGCAACUUGGAUAUAACAACUGUAUUUUCAAACUUAACAGCAGAACAAGUCGUAUAUAUAUUUGAUAGUCACAGACCAUAUAGCAUCGAAAAUAUCAACAAUACACAUAAUGCAUUAAUUAUAGAUGAUGGUACAUAUAAUGAACAACUAAAAAACCAACAAGAAGAAGAUGAGGACGACGAUGAAUAUGACGAUGAAGAAGAAGAAGAAGAGGAUGGUGAUGAUGAUGACGAUGAUGAAUAUGAUGAAAAUGAUAAAGAAAACAAUAACGAUAAUAAUAGUGAAAUAGAUGAAAAUAAUUUAAAAAGCAAAAAUAAAAAAAGGAAUAAAAGAAAAUAUAGGAACAAUAAAAAAAACAAGAAAAAGGAAAAGGUAGAAAAAACAUAUUAUGGAAGAAGUGCAGCAAUGUCAAUGUAUAAGAUUAGUACAACUUUACAAAAACAAAAUUUAGAUGAUUUAUUAUGGUAUUCAGUAUUGGGUUUAACAGAUCAACUUAUCCACGAAAAGAUAUCAUUGGAGUCUUAUGAAGAGCAGUACAAAGAAUUUAAACAAUUGAUUUUAAAUGAAUUCCCAAACGAUGAUGGAGAAACAGAGUUUGACACCCCACAAAACAAACAAAUUGUAGGCGAUAGAAUUAUUCCAACCGAUGAUUUUAGAUUUAUGUUGUACAGACACUGGAACCUAUAUGAAUCACUUUAUAACUCUAGAUUUGUAGCAUGUAAACUUAGAAUUUGGAAAUCAAAAGGCAAAUUUUUAUUGGACUCUUUAUUUGCGAUGAUGGGUAUUCCUUUGGAUCAAGUUAAGCAGAAAUAUGUCUCAAUGAAUAUUCAUUACAAGAAAUCGCUUAAACAGCUGUUGGCUCUUAAUGGUCCAAAAUUUGGUCUUAUCAAUCUAUAUUUCAAUUCAUUUUUAAAGAAAUACCAAUGCAAUGCUGAAAUCUCUGCAUCAGAUACAGUUUAUGCUGUCACAGCAUUAAUGGAGUCAGAUAAUUUAGAAAUUGAUCAAACCGAUGAAGAAAUUUGGGAACAAAAUUUUUGGGAGGCAUAUGAUUCGAUCUCAAGUAAAAAUAUUGAUUUAUUAAAAAUAGGUUUAAAACAAUCAAUUGAAUUACAAAAAGAAAUCACAAGACAAGUUGCAGCAAUGAUUGAAAAGAGAAGUGUUAUUCUUUCGGGUCCAUUUAGAUAUGCAUUUAUUACCGAAAGUUCAGAAUUAAAAUAUUUUAUUCAUCCAUUAGCAUUAACAAAAUUGGGUCUUUUUAUGAUGGAUGCUUUUAUUGCAAUGGGUAAAGCUAGAAAACCAUUUUUAAUUGGUUCUUUAAAUGAAAAAAAACAAGCCUAUUUAAUUGUUGGUAUUUCUGGUUCACAUAGUUCCGAUAUUCAAUCAAAUCAAUUUGGUGCCCACUUUAGAAAAUCUGCCGAAUAUACAAAUGCCAUAUUAAAAUACCAAUCAUUCGAUACCUCGAUUAUCGAAGUCUCAAAGAGUGAUUUACACAAAUUUGUUGAACAUCUCCACAGUAGUCUAAUUUAA